GAUGCAAGUGAGGAUAUUAUAUUGCCACAGGGCGAGCUUUAAACAGCCACAUCAUCAUUGAGAUAAAUGAGGAGAUAAGGGUAGGCAGGUUUUAAAAGGCCUGUCAGAGGGACAAGGUGCACUCCCUGUCACUGUAGAGUCCACCACUGCUCACCUCCAUCCCACCAACGCCAACAUGACCUUCAACGGUUGCUGGAAGAUAGACCGCAAUGAAAACUAUGAGAAGUUUAUGGAACAAAUGGGUAUUAACAUGGUGAAGAGGAAGCUGGCGGCUCAUGACAACCUCAAAAUCACCCUGGAACAGAACGGAGACAAGUUUCACGUAAAGGAGAGCAGUAACUUCAGAACCCUGGAGAUAGACUUUACACUGGGAGUCACCUUUGAAUACAGCCUUGCAGAUGGGACAGAACUAUCAGGUUCAUGGGCCAUGGAGGGAGACAUAAUGAAAGGAAUCUUCUUCAGAAAGGACAAUGGCAAACAGCUCACCACCACACGAGUUAUUGCAGGAGACGAAAUGAUACAGAGCUACAACUACGAAGGCGUAGAUGCCAAAAGGAUUUUCAAGAGAGGUUAGAGAAAACAGGAGCCAAACUUUGCACAUUUAGUGUUAAAUCAGCCACUCCUUUUAAACCAACAAAGGAGUGGCAACACAUUUUACACCUGGUUUUGAUACUCAAUAUAAUAAAAGUCAUGCAAUAAAUGGGAUUGUGU